AUGAAGCUCAGGAUACGAGGAUUUGGCAUUUUGGGCUUGGUUGUGGUCAUUGCUGCAGUUUUGCCUGUUGUAGCUGGUUAUGAGACGUUUUGCAGGUGCGACUGUGAGACUGAUUAUGGGGUGUUUGAGUUAGCAGUGCCAGACGACGGAGCUGCUAUUUGUUCUUUGUGCUCCACCGAUUUUUGUCUCAAAAAGCUGGCUAAGACCUGUAAAAGUGAUGAGGACAAGGAGCACAUGCUUGGGACAUGUUUCACGCGGGAAUCGCUAAAGGAUAAGGUAGUUGUCUAUGGGUUCAUUUGGCUGGUUUUGGGAAUGCUGGGGUAUAUUGUUGUUCAAUCCUGGAUGACGAAAUAA